AUGUCGCAGCCCCUGACCGAGGAGUCGGUGGUGGCGGAUGAAAAUGCCAAAGGCUACUCCUGCUUGGGCUGUCGGCAGCGCAAGAUCAAAUGUGAUCGCCAGACUCCGUGCUCCAACUGUGUCAAGGCGGAGACAGAAUGCAGUUUUGUUCCACCGGUACGCGGCAAGCGCAAGAGAACAAAGCCUCCCCGAGAAGGGCUGCAUGCCAAAUUGAGGCGAUAUGAAGGACUGCUCAAGUCCUAUGGCGCAAAUAUCGAACCAUCCUUGGAUAGUGACACCUCAGAUGGGGAAUCAGCCGCCAGGUCGGAUGUGGUCAUCCUCCAUAAUGCUGAGUCCCGGAUGGAAGUCGACUCUACUCCUCUCAGACCUGGUGCGAACAGAUCAAAACUGGUCACCAGGGAAGGCAGUUCAAGAUAUUUCGACAGCGUUCUCUGGUCCAACUUAGAAGACAAGUUUCGUCACCCGGAUGAAUAUGCCACUGAUGGGCUCCUGGACGAGGCCAGUGUGAAUGAAUGUCCGCUCUUUCUCGGUCCGCUUGACCAAGCAAGCCUUGAUCCCAGCACCCCCAGCACCUCCAAUAUCGUUGAUCAUUACCCCGACAUCCAGGUCCUACGCAAGAUGAAGGAUAUAUAUGUGGACCGAGUCGAUCCGGUGAUGAAAAUCCUGCAUAUCCCGACCUUCUGGUCCUCGUUGGCGAAUGCGCUUCAACAUCCACAGGAGACGCCAAACAGCUUAAGGGCGGCCAUGUUCUGCUUUUGUCUCGCUACCGUCAGCGCACUGGAUGAUGAUGAAUGCCAGAGUCUGCUGGGAGGACCGAGGCCGGCCAUGCUUGCACACUAUCGAACGAUAGCCCGUCAGACAUUGAUAAAUGCUGGAUUUCUUCACACCUCGAGCCUCAUGACACUCCGAGCUUUUUCGCUAUUCCUCAUCGGCGUGAGAACGUCCAAUCGCCACGACACCCAAUAUGUCCUGUCAGGCGUGGCCGUGCGUCUCGCGCUCAAAAUGGGUCUCCAUCGGGAUGGCGAAUCACUGGGACUGUCGCUUUUCGAAACAGAAAUGAGGCGCCGUCUCUGGUGGCACAUUGUGCAUAUAGAUUUUCGUGCCGCCGAUAUGAUGGGCAUGAGACCGUCCCUGGAUUUGUCCACGGGAGACACCAAAGUGGCGUUGAAUGUCGAGGAUGAAGAUCUCAGCCCCGGUAUGGUCGAACCCCCGUCUGAGCGAAGUGGAAUUACCUCUAUCAUUCUCUGCCUUGUCAGAUGCGACAUCAUCGGGUGCCUACGCAAGCUUGCCUCACCGUCGUCCAGUGGUGCUCACUGGGAGGUCCUCACGAACCCCGAUGUCACAACUGCCAAAAAGGAUGCUGUAAUCAGCCAGAUGGAAGAUCUUUGGGAGAGAAAGUAUCUCCGAUAUUGCGAUCCGUGCAAUCCCCUGCACAUAUUUGCAUCCGCCAUGAUCAGGUCCUGUAUAUGUAAGAUGAGGCUCCUCGCUCACAGUCCACGACUACGGUUGGCGGGACGCCGCGUCAAAAUCACACAGGCGGAACGCGACAUCGUCUUUGGGAACGCCACCAAGUUGCUGGAAUAUGCAGUCUUGGUGCGAGGACACCAGGGACUGCAGAAGUACACAUGGCGCGUCGGCACGAGCUAUCUCUGGGAUACGAUGCUCUGUGUCCUAAUCGAGGCUCGACACCGCAAGCCAGGGCCAGAGGUAGAUCGAUUGUGGCAGCUAAUCGGGGUGGUGCUUUCGCAGUACCCCGAGGCCUUCAAGGAGUCCACUGGACCUGUGUAUGUUGCACUGGGUAAAUGGACUCUGGAGGUUUGGAACGACUAUGUUGCCGCCACGAGAACUGAGGGUCUCCCAGAACCAGUGGUGCCCGAGUACAUCAAUGCGAUCCGGCAUGGUUGGACAUCGAGGCCCAAGCCUGCAGCCCUUGACCAAGCCGAUGUCAUCCCGGGGAAGGUUCAGACUGGGAAGCAGGGUGGGGAUCUGCCAGUGCUUGAUACCUUCGACUGCUAUAACUUCCCCGACCUUGUUUCCUUUGAGACGGAUCCAACCGAAUGGACCCAAUGGGAGCAGUUGCUCUCGGGACAUGGUAGCUUCAGCCGGAUGGGGGCCUUGUAA